UUUCAAACAGUUCGGAUAAGAUUGGAUAAUGAAAAAACUUUUGAGUACUAUUAACAGUUACCUCAAAGUUUCGGACAGAACCGCCAAUAUUUCUAACUAUUGAAAAUGGGCCCAAUGGCAUUGUUUUAAUCCUCCAAUUCUCCAAUUUCUCUCGUCUCUCCCACCGCCCAACUUCUAACCCACUCCCCACUCUCACUCUCCCCGCUUGUGUGCAUCACCACCCUCGCCUCUCACCAUUUCUACUCCUCGAAUGUGAUAAAUUAAUUAAAAUAGGAGGGGAAACCAAGUUGGGAAUCGCCAUUUUGGUUAAAGAAAGGAAAGAGACGACCCGAGGAAUAGAAAAGAGAGAAAGAAGAACAGUGAAGGAAGGAAGAUGGGCUGAGGUAAUCGGAUCUGUUAAUUCUUGAAGCUGCUGUCUUUGAUGUGUUUUCUUGGGUUGUUUUCAGUUUUGGAUAAUUGAAUUGGUGCUAAAAGUAGUGAAUUGAUUUGGGUAGCUACCUUUGGGUUGAUCCGGGUUGGACAACUAGCUCGUCAGUAUAUGCACUUUGAUGCUUAGUUGAUGUCUAUUGCUCUAUUGAAUUUGAUUUUUUCUAAUUGAUGUUGACCCUGUGGGUAUUGAUGGGCUUGAGAUAGGUGAAGGGUAAUGGUGGUGAAGAUGUUUAAAUUUUGUUGCUAGUUUUAGUUUUUUUUUUUUUUGUUAUUAUUAUUAUUAUUUUUUUUUUUGGUUAAAGCUAGUUUUAGUUUUAAUUAAACAAGAAAGACAAUGGAUGUUAUGAUGAUGUUUCUGUUUUAUUUAUGAUGAUGUUUUUGUUAUGACAUGCUUGCUGAUUUUGUGCUUGAGACGGGGAAAGGGGAAUUGUACAGUGGAGUUCGGUCAAAAUUUGAGAGGGAAAAGGAAGGAAGUUUAAGGUGUGGGUUAGUCUGGGAGUUAGAACUGGGGUUUGGAGCUUUUGGGAGAAUGGGAACUAGGACUUAGUUUAGGACUGUUUCUUUGUUCUUGUGGAUUCAGGGAAGCAGCAGCUGAAGUGAAUGAUUUCAUGAUUUUUUUUUUGUUACAAAAAAAAAUAAAAAAAUAAAACCAGAAGUAAAAGUUAAAUAAGGCAGCCAUGUAAACAUGUAGGUUCUGCUAGGGAAGUAUGAUUGUUUUGCUGUGGAAUUCUUACAUUAUUGUUAAUCGACCUGUAGAUAGUGUACGAGGGUGACGAGCUUCCUUGCAAUACUUGUUACUGUGAUUGUUCAUCUUCCCUUCUCCAAACGAGGAUUAUUCAUCUUCCCAAGUGUGAUUCCGAACCUACUCCACUAGCUUAUUUGAAUAAAAGGCACCGUUCUUUUGGCAAGGGUUUUGGCCAUUUCUUGUUCUGGGUUCUGAUCUAUCUUUACCUGGUGACUGGGUGACUAGGACUUUGUCCUCUCUAAUGGAAUCCUUUGAAAAUCAUCAAAACCUUGAACGAGAUGAUGAGAAUAUCCAUCAAGCCGAUCCAUUGCUUCCCGACCCACAUCAAUACACCAUCACUGCGGUAGGGCCUUCCUCAGAGGCGGCAGCAGACCCACCUGCUCCAAGAUCUUCUCAGAAUUCUUCUGAUACUGUUCAUAUGUUUAAAGAAGAGCCAGCGGACAACGACAUUGAGGGUUCACUUUCAGUUGCGCUCACGCCGUCGCAGUCGGUGGUGGCUCCGCCUAAGAGGUCUACGAAGGACCGCCAUACUAAGGUAGAAGGCCGUGGCAGGAGAAUCCGUAUGCCUGCCACCUGUGCCGCCAGAAUCUUCCAAUUGACGCGGGAACUGGGCCAUAAGUCGGAUGGAGAGACUAUCCGGUGGCUCCUCGAGCGAGCGGAGCCAGCCAUCAUUGAAGCCACCGGAACGGGCACUAUACCGGCUAUCGCGGUUUCUGUUAAUGGAACUUUGAAAAUCCCCUCCAUGCCAAGUACACCGACGACCACCGCCGAAGGCGAGACCACCAAGAAAAGAAGAAACAGAACUUCAAGUAGCGAUAUCGAUGAAUUUAACAAUAACUCUAGUUUUGCCCCGGCGGCACCCCUUGCCCAAGGUCUGUUUCCGGUUUGGACAGUGGACGCGCAUUGUGGUGCUGGAAUGGUUUCCACGAGCGCGGUUCCUGGUGGUGCAUUUUUCAUGAUCCCACAAUCUGGGGCCACUAUUGCAGCUGAUGGGCCGUCUAAUCACCCUCAGUUGUGGGCCAUUCCGGCUGCUACCAUGCCGGUGUCUAACGUUUCUGGGAGGCCGGUGUCUAAUUUUGUGCCCGGAGUGCAGCCUGGAGCCACGUUGAAUUUUGCCACUGCGGCUACUAGUGGAGAUGGUAAAGUGGGUAUAGUGUCCAAUGAUGUUGAGAAUGGGGAAAGGAACCAUCCAGUUUCGCUGCAGGAUUCAGAUGACGUCAACUUUAGUGGUAACAGAGGGGCCACCACCUCAACAAGCACUCCGGGGACUCAAAUGAUAAGGGAAUUUUCAUUGGAGGUUUAUGAUAGGAGAGAACUUCAUCAAUUCAUGGUUGGUGCUUCUGCCACUGCUGCUGCCGCCAGUGGAGCCGGAAAUGGCCACUAGACUUCAUCAAAAGCCUGAACUUUUUAGUUAGAUGGAUAUGAAUUGUGGUAGUUAAGGGUGGUAGGAAUUUAGCUUUUGCUUAUUUUAAUUGCAGAGCAAAAUGCACAUUAUUAGACUUUAAGCAGUGGGUAGUUGUGUAGUUUGAAUCGAACCUCUUUGUGUUAGCAGUUUGCACAUUGUACUGAUUAGGUUCAAUCAGCUUGGGGAAGUAGCAAACGCCAAACAAGUGAUUGUUUCUAAUGCUAAAUUAGUAGUAGUUCAGUUGAUACUACCCUGUUCCCAUGACCAUGAUCAUCUAGUAAUAUUUCUCUUGUGUUAAUCUGAAAGUCUCCGGACUCACUGCAGAUAUGUAUAUACAGUUAUGGAC